AUGGAGACCAGCAGGCGCAGCGGCGGCGGCGGCCAGGCUGUCAGCGAGCUCGGCGGAGACCGCGCGUCCGCGGGGGUCUGCAGGAGGAAGGAGGAGGCCGGGGCUGGGACCCUCGCGGCAGACAUGGACUUGCAUUGUGACUGGGCCGCCGACACGCCGGCCGAGCAGCCGUCGGGGAAGAUUAAUAAGGCCGCUUUCAAAUUAUUCAAGAAGAGGAAAUCGGGUGGCACCAUGCCCAGCAUUUUCGGGGUCAGAAACAAAGGGGACGGGAAGAGCUCGGGUCUGACGGGGAUGGUGAGGAGCAGGACCCACGACGGCUUAGCCGAGGUGGUGGUGCUGGAGAGCAGCCGGAAAGAGGAGCCGCGCGGCGGGGGCGACAGCGGCGGAGGGCGGCCGAACCCCGGGCCCCCACGAGCCCCCGGCACCGCCGUGGGCUCCCUCGCCAACAGCUCCGUGGCCAAGUCGCACAGCUUCUUCUCCCUGUUAAAAAAGAACGGGAGGUCGGAAAAUGGCAAAGGAGACCCCGCGGAAGCCAGCAAGGCCGGCGGCAAACAAAAGAGGGGGCUGAAGGGGAUCUUCAGCAGCAUGCGCUGGCACAAGAAAGACAAGCGGGGCCGCGAGGAGGAGCCCGGGGGGCGCGCGGCCGGCCCGGGCAGCCUCAUCCUGCCCGGCUCGCUCACCGCCAGCCUCGAGUGCGUCAAGGAGGAAACGCCCAGAGCCGCGCGCGAGCCGGAGCGCCCCAGCGAGGACGCCCCGCGACACCCAGCAGGUGAGCUCGGAGGGGGAGAGGAGGUGCCCGCCGCCGCCGCCGAGCGCGCCCCAGCGCGGAGCUGCCGAGAGGCCGAGAGCCCCGGGGGCCCGAGCGACAAAGGCGCCGGGGGAGAGGACGCCGCGGGGCAUCUGCGCGUGGAGAAGCCCCGGGCAGCCCCUGAGCCGGGGGCCGGCGAGGUCGGCACAGCCGAGGAUGCUUCCAGGACAGGUGACAUUCUGAUAAAGACUGUCCCCCUUGUCGACUCCGAAUGUAGCAGCGGCCGGGCGCCCGCCCUCCCUGACCCUUCUUCCUCUGUUGAUCCGCCCUCAGACCCAUCGGCGGAUCGUAUUUGUUUGAUGUUUUCUGACGUGACUUCACUGAAAAGCUUUGACUCUCUUACAGGCUGUGGAGAUAUUAUUGCAGACCAGGAGGAAGAGGCAGGUCCCAGCUGUGACAAGCAUGCCCCUGGGCCAGGCAAGCCAGUUCUCUCUAAAAAGAACCCCAGCGUGGUGGCCUACCAAGGAGGAGGUGAGGAGAUGGCCAGCCCGGACGAGGUGGACGACACCUAUCUCCAGGAGUUCUGGGACAUGCUUUCCCAGACUGAGGAUCAAGGGCAAGCGCCCCAGGAGGUAGCGGCUAAGGCGGCCACUGCGCUGGAAACCAAGGGGGUGCCCGAGACCUCCAAAGACGCCAGGGGUGUGGAAGCCGCCAAGCGCAGAAGGCUCAACAGGAUUCCCAUUGAAGCCCAUCCGAAGGAGGAGCCCAAGCCGGUGGAGAAGGAGCAGCAGGAAGGCAUCCCCAACAGUGACGAGGGAUACUGGGAUUCGACCACUCCAGGCCCAGAGGAAGACAGCACGAGCGGAGGUAAAAAGUCAGGCAUCCCCCGGGACAGCUACAGUGGAGAUGUGCUCUAUGAUCUCUACGCGGACCCGGAUGGAAGCCCGGCAGGCCCUCCUGCCAACGAGGAGACGCCCUGCUUGUCCCGGUUAAAGCCAGUGUCCCCAGGCACCAUCACCUGUCCACUGCGAACACCAGGCAGUUUGCUGAAGGACUCUAAAAUACCUAUUAGCAUCAAGCAUCUGGCAAACCUUCCAUCCAGCCAUCCUGUUGUGCACCAGCAACCAGCCAGGAGUGAGAUGCCCAGAACAAAAAUCCCGGUUUCCAAAGUGCUGGUCCGCAGAGUCAGCAACCGGGGCUUGGCUGGAACCACCAUCAGGGCAGCAGCGUGCCACGACAGUGCCAAAAAGUUGUGAGGUAUCCCAGGCCGAGGUGGAUGGGCCACAUGUCAAGGAAUACAACUUUCCCCUGGAAACCACUAAAGUAUUUGCUUCCCCUAAAAAGAAGUCUUUUAGGCCUGCCACUGCUUCAGAGCCUGCACCGCGAGGUCUUUGUGCUGGGAGCAGGAGCAGGGUUUAUAAAGGAGAGGAUGCUUCUCUCAAUCCCUGAAAAUUAUUUCCAAGCACUUUUUUUCUUUUUUACCCUUUAAAAAUAUUUUUUCUUUCUUUUUAAAAAAAUGUUUUUCCUUUAAUGCACUGAACACUUGGAAGUCACCUUCACUUGCCUUUGCAGAAAACAGGACAUAACCAAACUAAAAGUCAUGCCGGGAUAUCAGGCUGUGCGAGCGUCCAGAGGAACCACUGCCCAACCAGAGGACCUCCCCUCUUCCAGGACGCAUUUCCUUCUUUCCUUUCCAGGAAAUAAAAAAGACCCUUUGCUAUAUCACUGUGUGGAAAACACCUACAAAGCUGAAAGAGCCAGUUAUUUACCUGAUGAGCAGAGGGGAUCCUUGAUUGGCAGAAAAACUUCCCUACGUUCAGUUGCUAGGUAUGCAAAUAGGUAACUAGCUACUAUUAGGAAAAUAAAGGAAAAUUUUUGUUUGAUUGGUUUAAGCCAUUUGUUUUAGGACGAAAUAAAAGGCUCAGCAAAGCAGGUUUUUGCUUCCCUCCCUGCCCCACACCCAGUACAGAAAUCAGGAUCAGGGAAAGAUUCCACUAAAUGCCAAUAGAUAGUCUUUUAUAAACUGAAACCUUCUAAUGUGAAGAUAAGGCAUAUUUUACAGUUUAUCCAGCUGUUAACAUUUUAUACUCUGUCAAUAACCUAGUAUAUAAAAUCUGGUCUUAUAACUAGAUAUGGUGACUGUCCCCAAACCAUUGGUAUUCUUUUAUGUACUGUAAUGGGAAGCAAUUCUGGUUUUGUUUUAUAUGGGUGUUCAGUUCUCAAAAAGAAAAAACAAAAACAAAAACAUUGUUUUGAUGUCCCAGAGGAAUGGCUCUGCCUUGUGAGUCUGUUUUUCACUGCAAACCCUGUUUUUCAGAGAUUUUUUUCCCUUAGUUAUAAAAUUUUGGAUCCAACAAUUCCUCGAUAUGCUGAGUCCAAAAUGAGGAACACAUAAAGAAAAACAAUACAGAGAUAAUACUUUUUCAUACAAUUUGACUUUUGCUUUACAGACUUACGACUGAGACAAGUAUAUUCAGAGUAUGACCUUGGCAAGCUUCUGUGUUGUGAACACUUUAUGCCAGGAUUUAUUUUGAAAAGUGGCUUGCUUAUAUGUAUGUUUUCUAAUAUUUCAGAUGAAACAUUAUUUCAGAAAGGGUUAUUAUAUGCCUGAAUAGUUGGAAGGAGAAACUGAAGCCGUUCCUAGAAUGCUAUUAGUGUCUACUGAUUAAAUUAAUAUCCUUUUGAAAUGCACUUUGGUGUAUUUAAUCAAAAGACCAGAGCUUCUUCUAGGAGCUGAUUCAUUGUAUCAAGAAGGUUAUACAUAUUCAAGUGGAACUACACAUAUGUAAAUGACAUGAACACUUCUGUAUAACUCUCAUUUUCCUGAGAGAUCGCCUAAGUAAUGAACUGUUAUUUCGUGCAGUUUGAGUUUGUUUUCUGUUUUGUAAAGGAAAGAAGAAGGCAAGCUAAAUAUAUGAAAACCUAUUUUAAUAAUAUGAAGAAAGUAACAAAAUAAAUGGGCAUUAGAAGAAAACAAAUUAGAGCCAGUAACAGAAAGCAGGUCAUUCCCCAUUUUAAAUUUUCAAUUAGAAGAGGUGGUAGAGGUUUGCUGAAUUUCUUUUUUGGUCAAAUGACUGGCUUUUAUUGCAGUGUCUCAGACCUUAAUGUCAUUUCAAAGUAAUGUUUUAAUAUUUAAUGUUCCUAUUUGUAUAGAUGAGGCCCUAUAUGCAGGCAUAGCCUUAAGCAUUCAGAGCACACCAUCAAGAAUUCAUACGAGCACCGCACACUCGCGUGUGCUUAUGCACUCAAUUGUGUAGAAACAGACAAAAGACAGCUACUGUAGAUUUGGAAUAUUUUAGAAAUUAUUUGUCUUGAGCAAAACAUUUAAAUUCGAUUACACACUGAUAGUCCUAUGUAGACUCAAAAUACAUUCAUUUCCUUUAGCAAAUGUAGAGAGUAUAAAUUUUGUUCCUAGCUGUAAAACAAAGGAUCUUUAUUUCCUUCUUGUGCAUUUUCCCGCAAGGGUUAUAUUCUCCUUUGCAUGAAUCCACGGCAAAGUUAUGUUUUGUUCAUUUGUUCAAUUGUACAGGAAAGUCAAGAGUAGCUGAAUAAUGAGUGAGACUAAUUUGUAAAAGAAAGGCAAUCUAUUUCUUAAGGACUAGAAGAAACUAUUUUUGGUUUCACAAUUUUCAGAUUUUUAUUUCUGCACUUACACCAUUAUGCUGUGUGUAAUGGAAAGGAAAGGAAAGGAAAGGACAAUGUUAGCAAAGUUUAGCUUAAUUUCCCCUGGUCUGUCAAUCAACAAAUUAUAAAAGAUUUAAAAUAUUUCUAAAACUCUUUUCCAUAUUUUUCAUUUUUAAAACCCUGUAUCUUUAAGAAUUGCACACACACUAGUCAAAUGACAGGUUGGACAGUGAAAUAAAUGACCUCAGUCUCUUAAUGGGAAAUCACUGGCAGGAAUAAGAGCGGAUUAUCAACCCUUCUCAGCCAUAGAAAAGGGAUCUUAGUUGCUUUCUUGUGCCAACGGCUUUUUUCUCAUCUGUGUUCAUGAAGAUUGUUUUUCUGAAUUUUGCUAGAUUUACAUUCUACAAUUUAUUAAUGCAUUAAUUUACAUUCUACAUUUCAUUAAUGCAUUAACCCUUGUGAGGGUUAUAUAAGCCUGUAUUUGCUGACUAUUUUUUUUUAGAUAGAGUGUCAUUUUGUCACCCUUUGUGGAGUGCUACGGCAUCACAGCUCACAGCGACCUCAAACUCUUGGGCUUAAGUGAUUCUCUUGCCUCAGCCCCCCAAGUAGCUGGGACUACAGGUGCCCUCCACUUUUUUUUUUUUUUAAGAGAUGAGGUCUUGCUCUGGCUCAGGCUGGUCUGUGAGUUCAGGCAUCCACCCUCUCGGCCUCCCAGAGUGUUAGGAUUACAGGCAUGAGCCACCAUGCCCGGCUUUGCUGGCUUUUUAGAGGAAGGAUUGGAUGGGGGUUAAUGACAUCUUUCCUGUAUAUGUGUGAUUCUAAGAUAGUUGCUUGAUGGACUUUCUUUGGUUAAAGAGCUGCCCAAAUUAGAAAGGCAAAAGCCAAAUCAAUUCUCAAACCAGAAUUUAUCAGUCAGUUUAAUAGCUUUGCACAAAGACAGCCUGACUUUAAUAUCUACAUUCCUAAUACUUGAACCCUUCUGCUUGAGUAUUCACGGUGCUCGAUGGCUUUAUUCUCCCAUUAGCACCAACUGGGAGAAAUUUUACUACAGCAUCUUAAAUAAUCACAAGAUGACAUAGUUUUUUUUAACUAUUUUACCUGAUAACAACAAUGGAAUAUGGAACAUUAAGGACUUCCUUUAAAUAUGUUUCCCACAAAUGAUCUGCCUAUUUAAAUAAAGUCUUUAGCAUCUAUACUAACUGUAAAGUAUGGCUUAACUGAGUUUAAAGGGUUAAUUUAUUAAGCUCAGAAGUAGUAUUCAUGUCUUUGCAUUUAAACGAAUAUGCAAAUAGCCCUUUGCUUACACAAUUGUCAAAGUAAAAAGACUAUCAGGUGUCAACAUUUCUUUGAUCUAAGAGUCUUCAUUAUUUACAUCUCAGUCAGAUUAAUUUUCAAAGGUGACUCUUUAAUGGUAACUUUGUGUAUAAAGGGGUUGGUUCAUGUAGCUCAUCCUAUUAGCUACAUGUCCUCAGACAGCAGGAAGGGACACAUCACAUGAUGUUAGCGUGUGUGGACCAUCCGCAUGGUACAAGUUGCUCUCUGCUUUUAGUUAUUCUGAAUUUCUCUCCUAAAUUACAACUCUAUGGACUUGGCCAUUCUGCUUGGCUUCUGCUGAGAGAUAUUCCAGUACAUUCAUGUGUGCUUGGUUCCUCUUAUCACUGUUAAGACAUUAGUUCAAGUAUUUUAUGCUAUUAAACACAAGGAGAAAGCAUCACAGUUGCCUCUUCUUGCCACUGAAGAUAUAGCCAGUUAAAAGCUUCUGGAUGAAAUAAGGUGAAAGUCAAAUACCUCACCUAACCCAGUUUCCUUCAUCCCUUCUCCAUGCAGACCUUAAAUGAACAACACAGUUCUUGUUUUCGUAAACUCAGCCUUAGCAAUUUCCAAUUUAUAACACAGAAACAUUUAUGAGUUUGGAGCCAAAGGGUUACUAUGGCAGACCAGAAUCUUAGAUAGCCUGACUGGGAAAGCAGAGAUGGGCACGUGCUCCCUAAAAAGAAGCAAGCUGUGGCAUUGUCAGCGUAACAUGGGAGUGUGGGUCCUCCUCGAAGGCAGUCACUGGGCCGCCGUGCCUUGCUCUGCAGACAUUCCGAUGGCUGUCAUGGAUUGCUUCUCAAAAAGCCUUUCACUGUGAUGAUGGUUUAAAGGAGACAGUUUGUUGCAACAAUAGCCACUUAUAAGAAAUGUUAUCUCACUGCAGAUGUUUUUAAGAGGUGAUUCAGAACAAUACUUUGAUUAUUAUGGAAAGAAGGUCCUCCUUCAACUACAAAAGGAAAGAUUAAAAUAGUUGGGAAGCCUGUACAACUGAAAUUGGCCACUGUUUAUGACUGAUAUUUACUUUACUUCAAUGCAACACAUUUACGGGGCAUACGCUGUAGCUAACAUUUAAUAUUAAUAUUCAGUUUAGAGCCCACAUGAGCUGUGCUGUAAUUGGGUUUUCUUGAUGUUCAUUAAAAGUACCUUUAUUUUAUUAUACCUUUUUUUUGUAUUUGUUGCUUAUAGUUUGUGGGGGGUGGGGACAGAGUGGUGUGAGAUUGAAGAAGGACCAUAAAAAUUAAACCACAUACAUGCCUCUAAAAAAAUAAUAAUUAUAACAAUGCUAACAUUUGUUGAAUACUUACUGUGUGCCAGGUGCUGCUGGGAGCUUUACAAAUAAUUGCUUAGUCCUCGUAACAGCCAUUUGGAGUAGGUAAUAUUAUCUGCCUAGUAUGACAUCUUUAUCUUUUUCAUUUUUUUUUAUACGUCUCCAUCUCUGUCUCUCUCUCUUUUUUACCCUAGUCAUUGGGACAGGGAUAUUAACUCUUCAGUGACUUUAGUGAUACAAGAGCUAAGAACUGCUUACUGUCAUCUACCAACUCGCUUUCAGUAGGAACCGCUAACCCAUGUCCAUGUAGCUGAGAAUUAAUUUUGUAUCUGAGAUGAUGGUGCUCACAGUCACUUACAGGGAAACCUGCCACUAUUCUAUAGUUAGCAGACAAACAAUUGGCUUUCCUUCAGAAGUAUUUUCUCCUUCCCAGGAUUAACACGGAAAGUACAGAAAUCCCUUUUGUUGUCAUGGCAAUACUUCUUCCCUGAUAGGAUUUCAGUCAUUUCAAGCACGUUUGUUUCAUUUGUUGUUUUCCUACUUUAAGCCCAGUCUUGGCAUGUUGUGAGUGUUGUCUAUGUGUGUAUGUGUUCUUUAAAUUGUAGUAAGAACAUUUAAUAUGUUCUUAACAAAUUGAAAGAUCUACCCUGGUAACAAAAUUUUAAGUGUGCAAUACAGUAUUGUUAACUACAGGCACAAUGUACAGCAGAUCUCCCAGGCUUAUUUCACAUGCAUAACUGAAACUUUAUACCCACUGACAAGCACCUCUCCAUUUGCUGCACCCUGGGCCCCUGACAGCUAUCAUUCUACUUUCUGCUUUUGUAGAAAGUUUGACUAUUUUAGAUGCGUCAUAUAAACGGGAUCAUGCAGUAUUCAUCCUUCUGUAAGGAUGGCUUAUUUAACCAAGCACAAUGUCUUCCAUAUUGUAGGAUUUUCUUCUUCUUAAAAAUCUCCUGUGUGUCUCUCACCUUUUUUAAAAUCCAUUCAUCUGUUGACAGCCAUUUAAGUUGUUUCCAUAUCUUGGUUAUAGUGAAUAAUGCUAUAGUGAACAUGAGAGUAAAAAUAUCUCUUCAAGAUCCUGAUUUCAAUUCGUUUGAACAAAUAUCUAGAAGUAGGAUUCUGGGUUACAUGGUAAUUCUAUUUUUAAUUCUUUGAGGAACCUUCAUACUGUUUUCCUCGAUGGUUGCACAAUUUUACAUUCUUACCAACGAUACAGGUUUCCAGUUGCUUCACAUCUUCACCAACACUUGUUACCUGCAUUGUUUAUUUAAAUGGUAGCUAUAUGACUUAUUCCUUGCCUUAAUACCAUUCUGAACUCUAAAAAUAAGCACUUCACUCUUUCAAAAGCAGUCUAUCCUAUGUUCUGCCUAUAGCUGUUGAAUCCAGGCUAUAUUUUCUGAUUCAUUAGUUCAUUCAAUAAGUCAGUCACUAUAAAUAUGAGUAUUUUAUGUUUAAUCCUAGUAACAUGUUCUGUAGUUUACUAUGGUGCCAGGGACCAGCUCUGUGCUUUAUUUUACAUUGUUUUCUUUAUUCGCAAAAACCACGUAAGGUAGGUACACUGGGAUAAUUUUUGGAAAUAAUUCAAUAAUUGGGUAGAGUAACCUUCUGUUCUGUGUAAGGAGAUACAUUUAAAUAAAAUAUAGCUUAGGCUCCUGGUUAUUUGAUACAUAUUAAACUUGAUCAGACAUUCUCACACCUGGAUCAUUUAAUAAACUAAAGCAAAAAUACUAAAAACAACUGGCAUAAUUGCAUAGGGGCUUGGGGUAGACACACAGAAAAUACUUGUUAAUGUGUCAUGAGGUGGACCCAGGUGACCUGCAGGAAUUAAUGAACCUCCUCAGAUAUCUACAACACAAUCGCUGAUCUCCUCGCACACAAGUUUUAAAUAAAGGAGGAAAAAUGCUAACAAAGUAAUUUUAACAUUUUCGUUGCUUCCAGGAUAAAUUUAACUGAACAAGGAGGAUCUGAUAGUGGUAGAUUUAUCAAAAAAAAUCAGUGAAAAUGAUUUUGAUGUUAUAGGCAAAGUAAAUUCCUGUCAUUUUUACUUAACACCAGCUACCUAGCAGGCUCAUUGUCAACUUCAGGUUUUGCCCAAGUUGUUUUUAUGAAGUAUCUCAGUGUACUAUAGGGAGUUACAGGUUAUUUGAAAAUAAUAACAAAGAAAACCCAAAUGAGAAACUCCAUGUCUAUAGUUUUCCUGAAAGUUGGGCAUGUCUUUGAGAAUAGGCUUUUGGCUGUAUUAUUUUUGUGUGCAAGAGGAAAAUUAUUAGUAGGUUUAUAGAUAUUAUUUUUAUAAUAGAAUUUUAACCCCCCAAAAAACAUCAAAAAUUGUCUCCUGAAACUGUGUUUUAAAAACAGAUUCUAAAUAGCAAUAGGGUCUUUUCUUCUUUCUUCAUUCCAAUGGUUUAAUGGGAUAGAUGAAUCAAUGUUUAUAUUUUUAAACCUGUAAAUAUUUUAUUUUGGGUAUUUUGUAUAUUUGUUGAUAUAAUUCCAUUUUUUGUGCAUAUGUACCAUUGUGCAUGUUGCUGUUUUUGAUAGUCACUCUUUUAAUGAAUGUAAGAGGCUUGGACUAAUAGCACUUUUCUUGUUUCAUUCAAACAUCUUAAAAUGAAAAUACAACACUGCCAUUUUAACCAUUGUGUUUAAUUCAGUCAAUAAAUUUUGUUGCUUCUUUGCAUUUAAA